AUGGCAGUCUCCUCUUCCAUGGACACCCCGCCUUCCAAGAGCUCCCAACCGGACUUCACAUUUGGAUUAAUUGCAGAUAUACAAUAUGCUCCCAUCCCAGACGGAUUCUCCUAUGGUGGUGUUCCAAGGUACUACCGACAUGCCAAAGAUGUGGCUGCUCAUGCUGCCAAGCAUUUUGAACAAGAACAAAUCCCACUGGUAGUCAAUCUAGGUGACAUUAUUGAUGGAAAGUGUCAAGAAAUUGCCAAAAAUGGAGGGGAUCCCAUGGAAGAGGGUAUAGAUGUUGGCAUCGAGUGCACAGAGCAUGUCCUUGAAGCAUUGUCCACCUACACUUGUGGCAAGCUACUGCAUACAUAUGGCAACCAUGAACUCUACAAUCUCAGCAGGGAACAAAUUGGACACAAGCUCAACAUUCGUUUUGUUCAAGAGCAGCCAGACAAAGAUGGUGUGGGGAGUUCCGUGGGGUACUUCUCCUACCUGGCUACAACCAACAGUGGAAGGAAUCUACGAUUUGUGGUGAUUGAUUCGUAUGAUAUCACACUGCUGGGACAUCCAAAGGGCAGCCCAAAAAGAACCAAGGCCCAAGAUAUCAUGGCCAAGAACAAUCCCAAUUACCCUGAGCUGGAAAACUCUCCAGAAGGCUUGGGGGAGUUGCAAAAACGAUUUGUUGGUUUUAAUGGUGCAGUUGACGAGCCUCAGCUACAAUGGUUACGGCAAACACUCCAGGAAGCACGAACCAAUAGGGAAGAGUGCAUCAUCGUGUCCCAUCAACCUAUUUUGCCUGGAACAUGUUCCACUGUUACAUUAAUGUGGAACUACGCGGAUGUGCUGGAAAUAUUGCGGGAAUUCAGUGAUGCGGUUCUGUUAUCCCUUGCAGGUCAUGCCCACAAAGGUGGAUACAAAUGUGAUGAGAAGAGUGGCAUUCAUUUCCGUGUCCUUGAGGCUGCUUUGGAGACUCCACCCCCUGGUAUGACCUAUGCAUUUGUUGAUAUUUAUCCGGACAAGAUAGUGGUUCGAGGCUUUGGGGACUGUGAAUCUGCUGAAUAUAGUCUCAAACAACUGCCAGAAGCACUAGAAGCAGAUGCCGAGAGGAAUGUAGCAGAGAAGGCUGUCUCGAGCUAG